GGUACUGACAUGAACAGAAAAAGUUUUCUAUAUUCCUUGGGGUUUCCGGUUUCCCCUCUUUUAACUUGAUGAUGGUCUUAGGACUAUAUUAGAGUCUCCCCUUGCUUGCAUUCAGUCACCCUCUUCCUAAUUCCUUUUUCACUUACUUCAAUUAUAUUGACAAACCCUUCCACAGCUCUCCUUCUCCUCCCUUCAGAUCUUCUCAUCUGUCUAUUCAUAAAUCCCAGCUCUCCUUCUCCUUCCUACAGAUCUUCUCAUCUUUCUACUCUUAAAUCCCAAUGGCCUCGUCUUCCUGUUUGACCCAACAACCCAAAACCUUUGAUGUCUUCUUGAGUUUCAGAGGUGAAGAUACCCGGCAUAGUUUUAUAAGCCAUUUGUAUAUGGCUUUGUCUCAGAGAGGUAUUCACACCUUUAUCGAUAAUGAUCUCCCUAGGGGAGAAGAAAUUUCUGUAGAACUUCUCAAAACUAUUGAGAGCUCAACCACGUCAAUAAUCAUAUUUUCUGAAAAUUAUGCAUUCUCUACUUGGUGUUUGGAAGAGCUUGCUAAGAUUGUUGAGUGUAGAACAAAUAAGCAAUCAGUGCGACCGGUUUUUUACAGAGUGGAUCCAUCAGAAGUUCGUAAGCAAGAAGGAAAGUUUGGGGAAGCAUUAACUAUGCAUGAACAAAAAUUUAUUGAUAAAAAAAAGAUACAAAUGUGGAGGAAAGCUCUAUGUGAAGCAGCCAAUCUCUCUGGUUGGGACUCCAAAAAUAGCCGCGAUGACUCUGAACUUGUCCAAAGCAUUGUUGAAGAUAUCUCAAAGUCUAUUUUAAAUAAGAUGCCAUUAUGGGUUGCUGAGCAUCCAGUUGGAAUAAAUUCUCGCGUAGAGGAUGUUCUAAAAUCUUUAAAUAUUGAAUCAAAUGAUGAUGUUAGAAUAUUAGGGAUUUAUGGCCUUGGUGGAGUAGGCAAAACUACAAUUGCAAAAGCUAUUUAUAAUAGAAUUUCAUAUCAUUUCAAAGCAAAAAUUUUUCUAGAGAAUGUCAGAGAGAAGUCAAUAACAAAAGGCAUAAUCCACUUACAAGAGACACUUCUUUUUGAGAUGUUAAAGAGUAGGAAUUUGAAGGUGCAUAACAUAUCUAGAGGAACCAACAUGAUAAUUGAAAGUCUUUGCUCAAAGAGGGUUCUUAUCAUUCUUGAUGACGUGGGUAAUUUGGAUCAGAUAAAAAAAUUGCUUGGAAAAUGUGAUUGGUUUGCUUCUGGUAGUAGAAUAAUUAUGACAACAAGAGACAAACGCUUGCUAGACACUUUUGGAAAUGGUGUCUCAACCUAUCAAGUUAAGGAAUUAAAUAUAAAUGAAGCUAUUGAACUCUUUAGCAAGCACGCCUUUCGUAGCGACAAACCAAGUGAAAAUUAUUUGAAACUUGUGAACCAAGUUAUAUGCCAUGCUCAAGGCCUUCCACUAGCUCUAGUAGUAAUGGGUACUGAUUUGUAUGGAAGAACUGAACUUGAAUGGGAAAGUGCCUUAAAUAAGUAUGAAAAAAUUCCCAGUAGAGAUAUUCAAAAAAUACUACAAAUAAGUUAUGAUGGAUUAGACGAAACCGAACAACAUAUUUUCCUUGAUAUUGCAUGUUUCUUCAAGGGAUACAAUUAUGAUGAGGUUGUAGAUAUACUAGGCGCUUGCGAUUUAUACCCAGUAUUAGGUAUUAACAAACUUAUUGAGAAGUGUCUUUUGACUAAUAAAGGGAAUACAUUGUGGAUGCAUGACUUGUUACAACAAAUGGGUAGGGAAAUUGUUCGACAAGAAUCACAAGGAAACCCGGGACAACGUAGCAGACUAUGGAAUUAUGAGGAGGCUCUUGAUGUACUAACUGAAAACAUGGGAUCGGAUAAAAUUCGAGGCAUAAUGUUGCGGUUGCCCAAAUCAAAAUCAACAACGGUGCAAUUAGAGGCACAAAUAUUUCAUAAUAUGAAAAAUUUGAGAUUCCUAAUAAUUCAUAAUGUACAUUUCCUUGGAGGUCUUGAAUAUCUUCCCAAUGGAUUAAGACUGCUUGAUUGGGAUACAUAUCCUUUUUCUUCAUUGCCAUCCAGUUUUUGUCCUAAAAAACUAGUUGUGCUCAGAAUGCCUCGUAACCGAAUAAUGGAACCAUUAAUGCAGAUUCGUGCAUUUGAAUUCGUGACACAUGUGGACUUCAGUCGUUGUCCAUUGAUUAGGAAAAUACCUGACUUAUCAAUGUUUCCAAACAUAAAGAAAUUUGAUCUUAGUUGGUGUAAUAAUUUAGUUGAGAUUGAAACCUUCGUGGGUUGUCUUGAUAGGCUUGAAGUGGGGGGCAUCUUGGGGCUUUGCUUUAGCCUUCGAACUCCUCCGACCAGUCGGCUGUCAAAAUAUCUUAGUGAGCCUUACUUUAACUUAAGCUGUCAAAAUCUGUCAUUUGGGAAUUUGAUUGGGCUUAGGGAGUUGCAUAUUGGAACGAGUGCAGACUUAAAUCGGUUAAGUCAUCUUCCAGGUAGCAUCUAUAAUUUACAACAUAUAGAGACACUCCAUCUUUAUGGCAAUUUCAUAUUUGCAAAGGACGUGGAGAUUGAUAGGCAGCCACUGUGCAAUUCUCUGGGAGGCUUUUCCAAAUAUGUUUUUCCAAGCUUGAAAAACCUAGGUCUUUAUUUCUUUUCUAAUCCAUCAGAAUUAGAUUUUAUUUUGAAUUAUUGUUGCCCCGUCACAUUGGAAACAUUAGACAUCUACUAUUGCAAAUCUGUUACCCUCCCAGAAAGCAUAAGCAGAUGUGAGAGAUUACAUUCGCUUCAUAUUGGAUUUGGCAAUGAGCUUCGGGAAAUUCCUAGGCUUCCACGAAGUUUAAGAUAUUUAAAGCUAUCAAAUGGGUUUCCUUUGCUGUGUUCAAUAUCAAUCAUUCAUCGGCUUCGAGAAUGGAUAGGAGGUCCACCAAAUCUACAACCAUGUUUAGGUGUGACAAGCCACAUGUUAAUGGCUCAUUGCAGAAACUAUUUGAGGGCUUCAAUCUUGGUGAUCAGAAUCUUGUUAAGAUCUUCUGUGAAACCUUUCCUCUUCCUCCAUCCAAAAAUUCUCCUAAUAUUAAAUGGAUAGGAGUCCAUGUACAAUGCAUUUGUCCUCAACCUCAAAAAUCCAGUAUCUUCCAUGACAACUAUUGCAUCCAACCCCAAGGCCGUCGAAUUUCAAUGAGAAAUGUGCACCAACGGCUUAGACCAUCUCUUCUCAAAGGUCCAAAUUUUAUCCUGCGUAGACUGUACAAUACCCAGUACCGUAGUACCCUGUGGCCAACCCCAAGUACUUCUCUUCAACCAUUACUAAAAGCAAGAAAAAUCAGCAACAAAAACAGGCCCUUAGUAGCAAGGAGCCGCAAAUGUUUGUGUGGAGCUCAAAUCCGUUGUCGGUGUCCCAAGGAGGUUGGCUCCACAUAUUCAGCAGGACCAGUUUCGGUGCAUUCGAGCAAUUUGGAAAGUCGGAUUAUCUCAAGUGCUAUUAAUGGUGGCGGGUCAUCCACGGUUUCUAAUUCAGGGCUUUCAAUGGAUGUGAAAAAUGGGUCUGACUUGGGUUUGGAAUUUGACUCAACCAUUGGUGAUCAGUAUCCACAGUCAAAGAAAAGGAGAACCCCUUGAUCAAAUUUCGAAGAAACAUGGCAAGGUUGGCACACCCUAGAGGACCAUUGAUGAUGAACAAGGCAGCGGCAUUGGUGAAAUUUAUAGAAAAUGUUAAUGAUUGGCACACUUGGGAGGAUCAUUGUGAUUAAAAAGAGAGAAAAAGAAAACGUUUCUGUUUAAGAUGUUUUCCUUAGAACUCAUUGCUAGACCCUUUCUUUGGUGGAUAUUGGUUAUAUCAUCCUGUGUUUUUAUAUCAUGUCAUAUUUUGCAUUUCUCGUUGGCAUUGAAAUAUUGAUAUUAGUAUUAUGCUUAUAUUGAUCCUGCUGUGGGUAGUGAUAAAUUUCGUUAUGCAAAAGAUUUAUUUAUUUAUUUAUUUUUAUUAUUAUUCUAGAAAGCAUGCUUAAAACAUACAAGAUAGAGUUAUAACUCAUAAGCUACCAAACACCCCACCACCCCAUCUCUUAUUAUGAGUCCUGUCAAACAUAGAUGGACUCUUUUUCCACAAGAGUUUAAUAUAUUUUGAAGAAAUAUGGCCUUUUAGCAUCUCCAAAAUCUAUAUACUAAUGGCCAGUCAACCGUGGUCUGAUUUGCACAAGGAUUAGUAAUAUGUUUAUAGUUUAUUGUAACCUAAGCUAAUUAUGACAUAACUAGUACCUAAUGAUAAUACAUGUUUUGCAAACUUGUCUUUAUUAUGGGAAAAAUUAACACUUUUAAUCCUGCGGCUCAAUAACACAAAAAAAAAAAAAAAAAAGGUAAAAGAAAAGUGUUAUAGAGAAAUGAGUACAGGGUAUUUGGCUUUGCAAAUUCAUGAAUGAUUGGACUUGUCUUGAUAGUCUUUUUUCCUUUUUGAUUGUUUAUGGAAGUAAUUGUAAUUUUUUAAAUUUGUAGCUUUAUAAACUAGAUAAGAUCCAAAGGCAGUAUGACUGAUUUAAAUUAUAUUGGUUAUGUUUUAGCAUUUGGUGAUGUGUAUUUCAAGAAGUAUCAUCUACUUUUAAUGAAUAAAAGCUAAUCACCAAUUAGGUGUUAUAAUGAUAGCCUUGUCCCAGCAAGUUAAGUGCAUUGGUACAGGGUAUUUGGCUUUGCAAAAUGAGUACAGGGUAUUUGGCUUUGCAAAUUCAUCAAAACAUUUCAAAGUAAAGAGAACUUUGAAAUGUUUUGAUGAAUGAAUGGUUAUCUCCAUAAAUAAGAUUAUUGGGACCCAAUAGAUUUAUCAUUCCCGAUAGUGAAUAUUUGAGAAUGAGCUCGACAUCAACAAUGGAUCAUUACCUCAUUGAUUUGUCAUGGACUCGUUGCCAAAGCUUGGACUGAAUAGUCAAGAUGUUUAACGGGACUAAAAUGGUCAAGAUGCUCUCAGGCAUAGAUACAAACAUUUGAGAAUGCAAUAUAAUGACAUAAAAGUUCUUCAAUAGAGUGGGUUAUCUUGGGAUGAAACAGGAGAAAUGGUAACCACUGAGAUUAUGUCUAGGAUUCUUAUACCAAGAUUUCAACAAUGAAGACCCCAAUUUGAUGAUUGAAGGAAUAAGAUUGGUCCUACAUGCAAUGCUCAAGCUUCGACCUGGAUUGUUGCAUCAUGCAGUAGAAGAUUUGGCGUUAUGGGUGGUAAAGAUGUACUAGAAUAUCAAAAUUUAAGCUUAAUGAAGAUUACAUGGAAAUAAAGGAUCUCCCCAGUCAGAAUGGCUUCACUGGUGAUGAAAUUUGCCAAACAGUGACCACCAAUGAUAUCUUUGGAUAACUUAUACCAAGGCUUUGCAACCUCAUGAUGAAAGACUAGAGAGGCCUGUUAAGAGUGUGCGUAGCUCUUGAUAGCUAACAAUUGGUGAUCACUGCUAAAGGGUUUUGGCAAGCUUCUUUUGAGAUGGAGAGGUGGCCAGGGUGGCAUGCCAGCUUUCGUGGUCAAAUCGCAGAUAUUGGAGGAUGCAAGUGUUAUUUGCUGAAGAAGAGAAGACUACCUUGAAGAUUAGAAGUGAUCAUGGAAGACGCUUCUGACUUGUUGAAGUAGGGGAUGUAAGUGUUAUUUGCUGUUCAUAACAGGAUAUAACAAGGUUGACUUGGUGGAUGGAAAAGAUGUUUAGACUUGAAUUGUGGUGACACUUGGAACUUUAGAAGUAGGUAGCUGUCUCAUGCACUGGAUCAUGUGGAACAAUGUUAAUCUGCUUGACAAUCUUUUAAGUGUUUAUAGUCAAUUAGCUCUGUCUUAAGUUGAUAAUAAUCAACAUAGCUAAUUGCCAAUUUCGAAGAGCUGGUAAAACGAGGGGUACAUGUCAAAAUAUAUAUGAAAUCGAAGGAACUGAUCAACUUAUUGGCAUUGAAUGACCUAGUGUAGUUAUUUUGGGUACUAAUGUUAUCUGCCUGCUUUUGUAAAACAUGUAUUAUAACCUAUGAUGAUUGAUAGACGAGGUUAAUGAAAUGAGGGUCAACAUGUAAGACACUAGUUUCUUUGUUUA